AUGAGUGGUGUUCAAAGACAAGACCUGGUCUUAUUCAGCGAUCAGUCAGUGCUUCCUGCUCAAUUUUUUCAGGAUAACGAUUCUCAUAACCUAUUCUUUAUCACACACCAAUCUUCCACCCAACCGCUAUGGCUGAUUAACGCACUAGUAGAAGCACACGUUUUGGGUUCUCCCAGUUCUCUUAACGAGUCUUCUUCAUCACCCUUAUCUUCAUCGUCUCGCUCCCACGUAGUCAUAGCGUCAUUUAUCCACGAGCAAAACCAUUUCAUACAUUCUCUAAACAAGCUGAAAAUUGCAUCCAACAACUACAAAGUUUUAGAUUUCCUAUCUGAUUUCAUCAUCAAAAGUAUCCUGAAUAAGCCAAGAGACAAAAUACUGAGCGAUUUACUCACAAAGUUCACCGCUGCCAUUCAAAAUACCCCAGCUAACACCAUUGUUAUCGUAGAGCAACCGGAACUGCUGUUGUCCCUGAUUAAUGGCCUCACUUAUUCAGAAUUGAACAAUAAAUUCAUCACCCCUCUUUUGAAGCAAUGCCAAGUACUGAUCAUGGUCUCCAAUACGGAUAUUUUUAACAUAGGCGAUUUCGACUCUUCCCCUCACUGCUCCAAUCUACAGAACUUCUACAAAUCAUCUUUCGUCAAAUCAAUGAUUAAUUUGAACUUAAACCCUUUGAAAACUGGAUUCGCCAAGGACGUAACCGGUUCAUUGCGUGUUUGUAGAGGUGGCUCGCCCAUCGCGUCUUCCUCAAGUACAAACUUACAUGUCAUAGAGAAUGAAUAUCUCUAUCUAAAUGAAAAAGAAUCAACAAAAUUAUUCUAUCGUUAA